AUGAUAUUACAAAAAGUAGUUAAAAUAGGGGUCGGACCAGUAAUUUCAAUGUGUAAAAUUUGUUCUUCAGGUACGUUCUGGCUUACAUUGUCACUGACCGGAAAACCUACAUUGUCUAGGUCAAAUUUACUAUUACCACUUCACGCAAACAUUUCCGCGGUUAGUUCGAUAGUAAGAGUAGAUUUAGCCCAACUUCCGACGACUGUUUUUGGCAACUAA